AUGACAGCGCUGGCUGAGACGGUGAUGUCGCUGCGAGAGGCUGCGCUGGCCAAGAAGAAGGCGACUCGGGCAAGGACUGGCGCUGCGCCCACCUCUGAGCCGUUCUCCACCGCCAUGUGCGAGUGGCUCCAGAUGCAGGGCCACCAGACUGCGCCGCCGCCCUGGGACUACUACCCCAUCUGGGACUACCAGACGUCAGAGCUUCCAACUGCAGCCCCGUCCCUCCGGCUCUGCAUUGUGCUCGACGCCCGCCUCCUCGCCAUGCCCAUGACUGGCUGA